GAGUGAGCUAGAGAGCAUAGGCUCCUCUCAAAAGUUAAGGAAAUAAAUUUACCUAAUCCAAAAUGUGGAAAAUGUAUGGGCUGAAUGUUUGUGAGGGUAGAAGCAGAGCAAUAGUAUAAGAGCUGCAACUCUUAAUGUAAAUGGCAAGAAUUGUCGGACUUAUGAGAGAUUGUUCUGUUAAAUAUUGGAGUGAAAUAAUUUCUUCCGAUAUUGUCGAUCCUAAAAUACCACCAUAUUUCCGUUGUGCCCCCAACAAAUUUGGUAUCAGAGCCGAUACUACUUUUCUAUCCUUCCAAACAAGCCUCAUAUAUCCUACAAAAAAUCCAAAAUCAUGGCAGCAGUCUAGGCGAACACAAUGUUCGUAAAUACCCCCAGUCAGAUUCCCAUAUUCGAGGGUGAACUCUACGAGUACUGGAGCGAACAAAUGGAGACAAUCUUCAUUGCUCAAGACUUGUGGGAAAUCGUCCAAGAAGGUUAUGACGAAGUUAAGACGGAGGAAGAAUCUUGCAAAAUGUCAGAAGCAAAGUUCAAGCAAUACAAGGUGAAUGUCCGGAGGAACGCCAACGCCCUACGAAUAAUUCAACAGGCGGUCAGCAAGGCUAUAUAUCCUCGAAUUUUUGGCAUUAGAAAUGCUAAAAAGGCGUGGGAAGUUUUGCAUAAUGAAUUUCAAGGCAACCAUCGGGCAAUCUCCAUCAAAUGCCAAAAUUUAUGGCGUGAUUUCGACCACUUGUCGAUGAAGGAGACUGAAAGUAUCAAAGACUUUCAUUCUCGUACAACAGAGAUAGUCGACCAGAUCAAAGCAACUGGUGACAUCAUGGAAGAAAGGAAGAUUGUGGAGAGAAUUCUCCGCAGUUUAUCUCCAAAAUUUGAGCAUAUCGUGGCGGUCAUUGAGGAAACAAAAGAUUUGUCUAAAUUACCAAUGACUGAAUUGAUGGGUUCACUCGUCGCUCAUGAGCAGAGGAUGAGGAAAUUUACCGAUCAACCACUGGAGCAAGUUUUUCAGUCAACAAUCAACAUGGCCGAAGCCAAGACUACCAAGCCAGAGCAAGACCGUAGAGGAAGAUCUAACGACAACUACAACAGAUACUGCAUUAUCUGUCAGAAGACAGGACACACGGGAAAAUUUUGCAAGUUCAAGUGGCAAAGGUGCAGGAACCCAAAUCACUCCCAAAAGGAUUGUUGGUUCCAAAAGAAACAAGAAGAUGAUCAAGAAGAUGAAGAAGCAAACUUCACUCAAGAGGAAGAGAUCGAUCAUAUUUCACUCUCGUGCGUCAAGGGUGAUUAAAAUUCACAACCAUGAAUUGCAGAUUAAGAGGGAGUGUCAAAAUACCUAAUCCACAAUUCUACAAUUAUCUCAAUAAUUCUACAAAACUCUAAAUGCAGCAGCCAACUACCCAACUACUUGUAAUAAUAAAACUAGAAAUACCCUACUCUACCCGCCAGCUAGUUUGGCCUAAACACAACCACAUGUCAAAGCUACCCACUUAAUUCAUUAUUGUGUUAAGAGCUUUCCUUAUGGCUAGGGCUGGAAGUUUGGUACUGGUAUUUGAGAUAUACCAAAUACUAAUGACUCGAUAUUUGCACAUGUUUUCCCCUUUGUUUCUUGACUGUUUGAGCUUUAAUUAUCGCGUCUUUGGCCUAUUUUACGCUAGAUUGUGUUCCUUUAUCACAUUUCAGGUCCUCGCACAUAAAGUGAAGCAUAGGCGCAAGUUUCAAGUCAAUCAGAGAUCAAUUGGCGAUUAGGGAGAAGAAACUCGGGCAUGACCUGAAGAAGAAUGAAUUUCUACCUGACUUUAUAGAAAAAUAAUCAUGCAAUCUUGUCAUGAAAAGAAAGAGGAGUAGACUACGAGCGUCUGGGAUCAAACGGCGACUGAUUCGGAGUCCGGACGAGGGAGAAAUGAAGCAUUGAAUAUAGG